UAUUUGAGCCUUUGGACCUGCAUCUGAUUCAGCAGUGCAUAUUUUUGCUCCGCUUCCCAUUCCUGUUGCCUCUCCAUGUGUGGUGAGUGUCCUAGUCACCAGCAUUGCUGGAGAUGCUGAGGGCUGGAUUUUGAGAAAGCAUCUGAAGUCCUUUGUCACAAAGGGUGGGGAGGUUUGCAGACAACUCAGCAGCACCUCCCCUUCACCUCCAGUUGACUAUGGAAGGGGCUGUUAUAUAUGCCUAGCCGGCUUUUCCCCUUUCUUCUGAGUUUGGAAGAACCUGACAAGAAGAAACACUUUGUUUUUCUUUCCUCUCCUUCACCAUGUCAUGUGGCAGGAACUAAGAGGAACUGAAGAGUCAAGUGCCUAAGCUGCCCAGCAAUUCUCCUUCAGGAUGGAGAAUAAAGCCAUGUAUCUGCACACUUUGGGUGAAAGAGAGAAUGGAUCCAUCCUGGAAGAGCCGUUUGAUGGAAAGAACCUUUCAAAGCUGAAUCUCUGUGAUGACGGUCCAGGCAGCAAGAAGAAAGCUUCAGGACCCUGUGGCCAUCUAGGAUCCUUGACUGCUCUCAGAUAUGCUGUGGUUGGUCUCUACUUGUUGGUGUUCCUGAUCUUUGUGGGAUUUUUUAUCCUAGCAGUUUCUAGACCUCAGAGGUCUCCUGAAGACUUGAAGAUGCUAAUGGGAAGUGUGAAUCAGUUAAAUGAAAGUUUUCAGAAUCUUCAGUUGAAAACAGGGAAGCAGUUACCUUUCAAAGGAGACAUCCUGGACCAAAUUUGGAGCCUGCAAGACAUGCUUCAGAAUCAUUCUGACUCUCUGCUAAUGUUGAGCAGCUCACUUCAGAAGUUGGAAGGGACACUCAGGAGCCUGCAGGCCCAGGCAUCUCAGGCAGAUCGAGUCCUUUCUGGCCUACGCGAUAGCCUGAGCCAGCAAAAUGACAUGGCACAAACGGAAAUCUACAAGCUUGCUGUAGAGGGAAAUAGUAGCAGUUUGCUUUUGAGGCAUCAUGAGGACUUGCUCUCUAAGCUGGCGUCUCAAGUGGAGAGCUUGAAUGACCAACUGACAGAGGUAGGUGGGCAGGUGGGUAGCAUGAACCGGACUCUGUCUUAUGACGUGGGAAUCCACCAUACCCGUAUCCAGGACCUGCAAGUCCUCAUCAGCAAUGCCUCAGAAGAUGCUCGGCAGAUGCGCUUUGUCCACAUCGCCAUGGAACAGCNCAGCAAGCGGGACUGA